CAGCCCUGGGCAGCCGUGGCCGCUGCAUGGGAGGCAAGCCAAGCCGACCAGCUACGUCGCCUGCUUCCUCAGCUCCGCCUCAGUUCCUCUGGCGCCCCCACCAACCCAUGGGUCACCAGCUCAGCCGGCUUAUGCACGCCUCCUCCCCUGGAGCUGGCAGCCCGGCAGGUGUUGUGUCUGGCAGUGAUCAGCGGUUGCAGUCACAAGGAACUCGCCUCGGCACUGGGGCUGCCCGGCGGUGGGGGGCAGGCGGGUAAGGCAGCGGCGGCGGCGCUGGUGACGUCAUUCCUGGAGGCGUUUCCGGGACUGGCAAAGUACCGAGAGGAGCUAGCGACCAAGGCCAAGAAGGACGGGUAAGCCCCGCUUGCCUCCUCGUCGGCAUGCAGCUAUGAGCAAGGCACAUGAACUGCACCAUCACAGCUUCGUGAGCACCCCUGCCGGCCACCGCAUCCGCCCCGCCGCGCGGCAGCUCACCGCGGGAGGUGUGGCUGCUGCCGCCAAGCUGCAGCGGCUGCUGACGCGACUACAGCUGGCCUCCGCUGCGGCCGAGCUGCUGCGCACGUCGGCAGCGCUCACGCUGCAACGACUGGAGCAGGAGCUUUCAUUGCCUUUGGAGCCUUCGCAACAACAACAACAACCUCAACCGCAACAACAGCCCUCCCUAACCGCUUCUUCUUCACCCAAUCUAGGACAAGAAGUUAGGGUCAGCGCCGGUAGCAUUUCAGCCAUUCCAUCCCCUUCGUCCAAGCACCACACGAGCUCCCACCACCAC